AUGACAAUCCGCAAAACCCCCACGGGCACCCCCGGCACAGUCACCCUCCCCCCCGCCGGCCUGCCCUCGCGCAACCCGUCCACCUCCUACUGGCUGCGCGACCCUUCGCCCACCCUGCUCGGCCACCGCGGCACGCCGGAUUUGCCUACGACUGCCGAUGUGGUGGUGGUGGGGAGCGGGAUUACGGGGGCGUUCGCGGCGAAGUUUUUGAAGGAGGCUGGUGGGGAGGGUGGUGGUGGGAGGGGGAGCGUGGUUAUGUUGGAGGCGAGGGAGGCUUGUUCGGGUGCUACUGGGCGGAAUGGAGGGCAUUGCCAACCGUUGGUGUAUGGUUCGGUGCCUGCUGUGGCAGCGUUUGAGUUGAAGGUGUUUGACUUUAUGGAACGGUUUGUGAAGGAGGAAGAUGUAGACUGCGAUUGGGUGAGCCUCUCCGGAGUCCAUGCCUUCCUCUCCAAGGACAUGUUUGAGCUCGCGGCAGCCGACGUACAGAAACUACAGCAAAGCCACCCCGAACUCGCCGCGCAGCUCGAGGUAGUCUACCCGGCGGACUGCACCUCCGCCACAGGAGAGAAGCAAACCCUCGCCUCACUCCGCGUCCCCUCCGCCCAAGGCGUCGUCAUCCAGAAAAAAGCCGCCUCCCUCUGGCCCUACAAACUCGUUGCCGCCAUCCUCGAGUGCCUCAUCACCAACCACCCAGCUCCCAGCUUCAACCUCCAAACCAACACCCCCGUCAGCUCCCUCUCCCGCGCCGAAUCCGGUCCCGGCUGGACCCUCACCACCCCCCGCGGCAUGAUCACCGCCCGCCAGGUGCUGCUCGCCACCAACGGCUACACCUCGCACCUCCUACCCGCCUUCUCCGACCUGAUCGUGCCUACGCGCGGCCAGAUCGGCGCGAUCCUACCCCCCAGGUCGGAAUCGGAAUCGGAAUCGGAACCCGCCCCGUCCAGCAGCCUCCCCGCCAAUCUAACCCACGCCUACACUUUUGCCGCGUCGGCGGGCCCCGGCGCCGCCGUCGCUGCGCCCCGCGACGACUAUCUCGUACAGCGGCCUCUCCCGUCCGGCGAGUUGAUUUAUGGCGGCGGCCGGCGGUUGGCGCGCGGUAUGGGAGUUGGUGAGUGGCGGGAUGAUGAGGUUGAGGAGGAUGUUGCGCGGUAUUUGCGGCGGGAGCUGGCCCCGCCGUUAGAUCUUACGCCUGAUGUGGGUGUGGAUGGGCAGGGGAAGGGAGUGGCUGAAGGGGAGUUGGAGGCGUCGUUUGAGUGGACCGGCGUUAUGGGAUACAGCCGGGACCAUCAUGCCUGGGUGGGGGCGGUUCCUGAGAGUUUGGGCGGUGGCGGACCCGACGGGGGGUUGUGGGUGUGCGCUGGGUAUACGGGACAUGGGAUGCCGGCCGCGGCGUUGUCUGCGCGGGAAGUGGUGAGGCAGAUGACGACGGGAAGUGCGGAAGCGGUGGUGGGAGAGGGUGAGGUGAGGUUUCCUAGGGAGUUUGCUCUGGAUGAGGAGAGGGUGGCGAGGGCGAGAGGACUGCCACAUUUAACACAGGGUUGGGAGGCCACGAACCUCGCGGCGCUUAUGGGUGAUUCCAGCAAGCACAAUGAGGAAAAGGGGGACUGGCCUUGCCGCAAAUGGUUCAUUGCUUCAUCUGACAAGUAUGCCAGCAUCAAGUAUUGCUGGGUGCCAGGUUUCCUCCUGGGUAAUUCUACCCAGACUAGUGGCAUGUCAAGGCGGAAAGUAGCGACACAGUUUGCAUUAACGGAGACAGCAAAUAGAAAGAUGUGCUAUCCACUGUGUGUGGAAAUUGUUCGAUGCUUGAACAUUGCAAGUAUUUGUGCGUGA